UUUCACCAGACACCCCCCCCCUCAUCGCCAUGGCCCGUUCUGCACCUAUUAUCAUUUGCAUACCUUGCUAUCACAAAAUUCACCAUCUUCCCUACCUUUUCCAUCCCUUGACCUCCUCCCGCAUCUGGCCGGCCGCCGCCAUCCCUCGGCUUCCUUAGGUUCUCUCUUGCACCGCCGCCUCCCGUAAUAGAUCCAGGUACCAGCAUCCUCAUUUUAGGUAGUUGACGCCUAAAGGUUCUAUCAUUCAGUGAACAUCAUCGCCAGGCUAUAGUAUCCCCUCCUCAUGCGAUUCCACCUUCACCACCUCCACCCUUAGUUCUAGCAUCGAAAAUAUGAAUCCAAGACCAGGAUACUACUCACGAAGUGUGUUGGCCUACAUAGAUCUUGAUAUGAAAUUGAUGGCGAGAGGUAAUCGACUUUCCGCUUCACGAAUAGGUAUGGCACCAUGCAACCUUAGAUCUUGUCAGCCCUUGCCUUCCCUCGACUUCCCUCGUCCAUUUAGAUCUUCCCAUAUCUAGUUAAGCAUCUUCCAUCUCUCGAUCUCCUUUGGUUCUCUCUUGCAUCGUCACCUUCCAUCAUAGAUCCAGGUAGCGAUAUACCACACUUCGGGUAGUUGACACCCUUAAGGUUCUAUUAUUCGACAAAGAUCGUCACAUACUCAUAACACAUGUCGACCACAUGCUACCAUGUUUCUCACAUCAACAACCUUGCUUCUAGCCACCGAGAACCUAGAUCCCCGAGUCGCCAUAACAUUAGGAGUAGGCUGACUUAUGCAGAUCUGGAUGUGGAUCCGGAGAGAACUCAUAUCCGACUUUCCCCUUCGGCAGCAAAUAUGUUUUUUGAUCUUCCAUUAAUUCUUUACCAUAUCAAAAAUUCCCUUGGUCGCCAUAGCAUUAGGAGUCGGCUAACCUACGCAGAUUUGGAUGUGGAUCCGGUGAGAACUCAUAUCCGACUUCCCCCUUCGGCAAUAGAUUAGGAUGUGGAUCCGGUGAGAACUCAUAUCCGAUUUCCCCCUUCAGUAAUAGAUCUGAUGUGGAUCCGGUGAGAACUCAUAUCCGACUUUCCCCUUCGGCAGCAGGUAUUUUUUCGAUCUUUAGUUAAUUCUUUACCAUAUCGAAAAUAAUUUAACUUUUUUAUUCUACUGCAACUGCCCACAGAAAGGGAAAGAGCCCCAAACACAUUCAUAACAUUCACUAGCUACCCUUGAAAUCAGCACAUAAAGCUACUUCUACCUCCAUCCAAUUCAAACAGCACCAGUACAAAACUACAAUUCAUACAAAAUCAGUUCACUUUUCAUAUUUCUUUUUCAAAAAGGAGGACCACCCCCGGCCUUCCAGUGUCACAUGGAAUCCAUUUUGAUACAAAAGUACUAAUCGGAUGCCGUGCAAAACACCGUCCGUCGCCCUCGGCCUCUCACCCAGGCCGCCAGUGAGAGGCCGAGGAAACUAUGUUAGUGGUGUGGAAACUAUGUUAGGUGGUGUGGAAACUAUGUUAGGGGGUGUGCAGACGCACACCCCCUAACAUAGUUUCCACACCACCGCAUCGAUCCCCCCCUUACACCAACCACCGCCGCCACCGCAAAAGAACACCUGAGGAGAGGGCCGGCGCCUCUCCCCAGUCCCGACAUUAUCCUUCCUUGCCUAGAAGGCUAGAAGAACAGCGCGGCGCAUGGAUCAGCGGGAGGGCAGCAGGAAGCGUGCGCGGGGAGAGGAGGAGGAGGUGGACUCGCCGCCAGUGAAGAUGACGGCUCUGGCGGCGGCGGCGGCGGCGGCUGAUGCGCUGGCGGAAGCGGCAUUCCAGGAGGCGGCGCCGGCGGUGGUGGAGGGUGGGGAUGGGGAUGGGGAUGGGGAUGCGUGGAAGCCGCCGCCGGGGGUGUUCGACUUCCCUUGGCUGAGUUGCCAUGGCGGCCUGGACGCCCCCGUCACCAGCCCCCUGGUGGAGCUCCGGGAAGUGUUCUUCCGGUCGGCUGUGGACGGGCACGUGGCGGCGGUAGGCGUGCCCGGCGACCGCUUCAUCGCGCCGCCGAGCAACAUGAUGCUGUUCGUCGUCUUGGAGGAGUGGGUCGUCACCGCCGGCGAGGACGAGGUGGACCCCAUGUGGCGCUCCGUGCUCGAGGGGGCCAAUCCCUCCGCGUGACGCAACGUGGCGAGGUCAGCAUGGAACCCGGACCCCAUCCGCCCGAGGUUCCGUCCGUGUCAGCGGCGAUGCGCUGACGUCGCUGGAUAGAGAGAUCGAUGAUACUAGGAAGGAAAUCAUGGAUGCAUCUGACGAGAGGUCGUCUUGUUCUUGUUGCUUUGCUUCUUUCUCCUUGCUUUACUUUUCUGUAUGUAUGUAAGAAAGAUGUUUCAGUUGUCAGUUUUAAGUUCCUGCUUUGGAGGGUCUGGGUCUUGUUGCAGUCGCCGAAAAUCAAUAAAAACUUGAGUCAAGUUCGUGCUAGUGGUUAACUGAA